CAUCAUGGCUUCCACAACAAUGCUUCUGCUGCAGCUCGUCCUGGUCUCACUGGCAUCAGCGUCACAUCACUAUGGAGGAAUGGCGACCUACACCUAUAAAGGAAGAAACACUGACGGAUCAUUCAAUGUGGACUUUCGCAGACGGUCAACCUACAGUGGGUGUUUCAGCCACCACUCAUGGAAUUGUGUCCUGAGUGGCCACUGCGCCCCCUUUACGUAUGAGAAGGGUACAAUUGAAAGUAACAGCAUUUGGUGCGAAACUGAAUUGCUCAGUAGAAUCAAAGUCGUGAAUGACAAACCAUUCAACAUGAGGGCACAUAGCUGUUGUUGGGUUAAUACACGCAAUCUAGUCAGUAACUGGUAUCUACUGACUCUCAUUGAUUUGGGGAUGAGAUCGGACACCAGGGAGCCAAACAGAUCACCAGACGUCUCCAUCGUACCUUAUCUCCGAAUUCCUAAAAACUGCCCACGGACAUACAAACUGAUGGCCUUUGAUCCUGAUGGCGACAGAGUUCGAUGCCGUUAUGGAAAUCUCCCAGCUCUCGAGUGCCAUCAAUGCUCCCUACCUGGUGGUUUCACCUUAGACCAGGACUCCUGCAUGUUGCACUACAACAGUACAACUCACCAUUCAAGCGUUUUUGGAUUUGAGAUGGUGGUGGAGGACUUCCCUAAAAACCACAUCUCUCUGACCUACAGUGAUAGAUCCCGCCGCUCUGUAACUCCACUCAAUCUCAUACACCCUGCCCCUCUGAGUAAACUCCCGCUGCAAUUCUCUGUUCUUGUGGAAAACAGUGCUCCUUCGUGUCAGGAGGGAGUCUACUUGCCACAGUUUGUCAACCCAACACCUGCAAAUGGGGCACGUGUCCAAGCAGUACUCAACAAGGAAAUGGAGAUCAUUGUCAAAGCACAAGUCAGCAUGGGAAGCAUACAAGCUAUCCAUGUGAGUGGGCCGAUGAACAUCAGCAAACACACCAACGCACAUAAUGAGUUUGUCAUCAAAUGGACGCCUCUCCAUAACAACUUGGGAGAUCAUUACCCGAUCUGCUUUGUGGUUGAUGCAUUGCACCAGUCUCGUGUUUACCAGUCUGAGAUGAGGUGUGUUCUGGUGGACAUCACUGAAACGCAAGUUGAAUCUCAUGUGAUCUGCACCGAGACCACAAUGACAGUGAUGGUUGAGAAAGCCUCGUUCCCUCGACUCCACCAGGAUCAUCUGCGGCUCAGUGAUCCCACAAACACGGUCUGCAGCCUCCAGACACACUCCAACAGCACUCACGUCAUCGGUGUCUUCCCCCUCAAUGCUUGCGGUACUCAGAUUGAGGAAGACAAUGAUUUCCUCUAUUUCAAGAAUGAAAUCACUCCGUUUGACAACAGUGCCGACGUGAUCACCAGGAAGCAUCAGCUGGAAGUGCAGUUCUACUGCCAAUACCCAAAACGAGGAAAUGUGACUCAGGGCUUCUUAGCACACAGGACGAAUGUCACAGUGUGGGACAAGGGCUUUGGCACAUUCACCUAUCAGUUUGAGUUCUACCCCGACAAUCAAUUCAACGCCAUGAUCGAUCCAAUUUCUUAUCCACUGGAGUACGACUUAGGGAGCAGGAUUUACAUGCAGAUCGAGGCCACCUCUUCAGUCAGCAACACAGAGCUGUUUGUGGAGUCCUGCAAAGCUUCACCAUAUGACAACCCAAACUACAGCCAAACCUACUCCAUCAUUGAAAACGGGUGCAAAGUGGACCCAACUGUUGUAAUCCAUCCCAGCACUGAUGUCAAAGAAUUCAAGUUCAGCAUAGAGGCCUUCAAAUUCAUCGGACUGCAUGAUCAGGUGUACAUCAGCUGUUCACUCAUGAUGUGUGAAGCAGGAAACUCCAACACAAGGUGCUCACAGGGGUGCAUCAACUCCACAAGUCCUGCCAAACGCCGAAAGAGAGGGGCCAUCAUCCAGAGUGCUCACCACUUUGUUUCCCAGGGGCCCCUGCGCCUCCACAGGUCAGCAGAGAGCCACAAAGCCACAGGGACCUGGAACUUGAAUUUGAACCUGGUGUUCAUCGUUGGAUGUCUUCUUGCUGCUGUUGGGAUGGUCUGUGGAGUGGCUUUGUACAAAGCCAAAAUGUCAAAGGUCAAAUACCAACCUUUGCCACAUUUGGAGAAUUAAUACAGCAAUGUGUGCACAUUUUGAGUUGUGCAUCAAUUGCAUCUCACCAUAGGCUUAAGCAAAGUGUAUAAGAAAAUAAGGUGGUGUGGCUGCUUGGCUCCAGCUGAUCUGACAGGUGCUAAAAUCUAAAAUCUAAGUCAAUGCAUCUUCAGGUGAAAUUAUGAAUUGAUUACUCAAGCAUAGAUAAAUCAACAGAUCAAUGAAUAUCAUCUCUAAUUCUUCAUCAGGCUGUGACAAACAUCUAAUCAGGUUGAAUUACAAAACAGUGGUGGUUAAGACCCUACCUUGUGUACCAAAGACAUCAUGGUCGCAAGUUCGAUUCCACCCCUGGCUAAUUGUACUUGAUUCCAUUGUAAGUCGCUUUGGAUAAAAGCAUCUGCUAAAUGACAUGUAAUGUAAUGUAAUGCUAUACAGCUGUGACCUGGUACGCAGCCCAUAGAGGGCGGUAGAUUAAAUGCAUUGGGCUUUUGUUGGACAUGUGUAAUAAGGUAAAAGAUGUUUCCCUAAAAAAAAUUCUAGAACCAAAUUUUACUUUACAGGGUAUGGGGAUUGUUGUCUGUGCUUUUUUUGCAAGCAGGUUUAGGGUGUUUCUACAUUUAAAUAAACCUAUAUCAAAUCAGCAUCCAUGGAAAUGUCUACAGCUUCUUUAUUUGAAUUAAAAGAUGAAGAUAGAAAAACAUACAGUAUGUACCAACAACUGCAGCUGCUACUGUAUAUGACAGUGCCAGUGUGCCUGUAAUGUGUCACAGUAUGAUUUAAAACAAGUAUCCUGAUUGGUAUGGGUCUUCCAGUUCACUUCUGUUCAUUAUUUGUGUAAACAAAUUUCACAAGUAUUAAGCUUUAAUGCAUUCAUGAUUAAGUUAUAUAAAAAUGUAUGCACUCUUA